GCUUGGUCACGUGAUCGUAGGUUACCAAAGAUGUUUGUAGCUAGGAGGCUGUGAGACCUCAAUUGUACAAAAUAUGCUAUAAAGGUAACAACAAACUUUACAGAAUGGCAGAAGGUGGUGACGGAGACCCUGUGGCCAGUUCAUCUGGGUCUCUGUGUCCGACUUUCUCUUUGGGAAGAGGACUGGCAGGACGCUCAUUACUGAGUCCUCCACCUCCAGGCAGACUCACGUCCCUGCGCUCCAGAGACCUGACGCUCGGAGGAUAUAAAAAGAAAACAUUUGUACCAAACGUCAAUUCCAUUCGUAAAAGCAAAGAUGAGUUGAAGGAGGAGCCGCGUUCUGCUCCGAAGAAGGAGAGAAGAGACCGGGAAGACAGGCAGAGAGAGCGCAGGCGUAGAGAAAGACCCCAGACUAUUCAAUCACACUCCAUUUUUGAACAGGGUCCUGCAGACACCUUCAGGAAAACAGGAAGCUGGGGGAACACAAACCUAAGCGACUGUGAUCCUUCAGUCCUUACUAGGAGUGUUAAAAAGGAGAGGAACGUUCCUGAAGAUGAUGAUGAUGAAAUUUUAGAAAAGCUUCAGCGAGACGAUUUCAUAGAUGAUCCAGGCCUGAAAAAUGACCCCAAGCAGACACCGAUCCGACUUCCACUGCAUCACUCGUCCAGCUGCUUGCAGACAGAGGCGUCAUUAAAAGAAUCUCUCUCUGAUCACACUUUGUCCAAGUCAGUAAAAACACACGAAAAGAUUCCGACAUUGACGAGCAGAUCCUACGCCGGUCCUCAGCCACCAAGCAUCGGAGAACUUUUCCGGCAGUUGAGCAUAUCUGAGAAGGAAGAGCUUUUAUUCAUCCAGCUUCCCGACACCGUACCCGUCCCAAAAAAAGCUGCAAAAAGUGAAAAGUUGGGGAAAAAAUGUGAUGUCGAAGACAAGCGUGCCUCUCAUGUGAAAACGCAAGACCCGGUGGAGAAAGAGGCAGCGCCUGUCCUCUCAGACUUCACUGAAGGAUACAUAGGAAAAGUGCAAAUUAGGAAAUCGGGCAAAGUGCAGCUAGUCAUAGGGGACAUUACAAUGGACGUGUCUGAAGGAGCAGCUUUUUCUUUCCUCCAGCAACUGGUGUGUGUCCGGCUCACGGAGGGUCUGACCGGCGACAUGACGGUGCUUGGGGACGUCAGACACAAGCUGGUGUGUUCCCCUGACUUCGAUGCUCUCCUAAAAAGGGUCAAGGCUUCAUGACACAUCCAGCCAUUUUUGAAUACUAUUUAUACAGGAUAAGCUUUUCCAGACAGCCUGUGUAGCCGAGAAUGUUUGUACUGAAGUGCUGUCUGGCACGUGCAAUGUUUUAAACGUCGUAUUUUAUUGUUACGUUUUAAACUUGCUUGUCAGCUGACUGUAGAUAACAAUUUCUCCCUGGAGUAUCUCCUUGGUAUAAUGUAGUUUAUUUCUUACAGUGUACUACACCCAUCUGCCAUAACAUUAUGACCACCUGACUAAUAUUGUCAGUCCUCCUUUUACCGCAAAAACAGCCCUGACCUGUCAAGGCAUGGACUCCACUAGAUCCCUGAAGGUGUGCUGUGGUAUCUGACACCAAGAUGUUAGCAGCAGAUCCUUUAAGUCCUGUAAGCCUCCAUGGGCCCCACCUCGCAACUAACAAGACUUAAAGGAUACUUUUGAUAGAUACUGACGACUGCAGACCGGGAACACCCCACAAGAGCUGCAGUUUUGGAGAUGCUCUGAUCCAGUGGUCUAGCCAUCACAAUUUGGACCUUCAUCAAACUCGCUCAAAUCCUUACACUUGUCCAUUUUUCCUGCUUCUAACAUCAACUUUGAGGACAAAAUGUUGACUUGCUGCCUAAUAUAUCCCACCCACUAACAGGGGCCAUGAUGAGGAGAUCAUCGUCUUAUUCACUUAACUUUAACAUGUUAUGGCUGAUCGGUGUACAUGGAAUCUUUACCAAGUAAGUGAAAUAUGGCAUUAAUCAGAGCUUCCCAAGUUAGUUGUCAUGACAACGCACCGUGUUGUGAGUAAAACACAUUUGAAUGAUGUGGGCUAAUUUAAGGAAUUAUAGCUCUCCUGACACUCAUACCCAUCGUCCACUGAAAUCCUAUCCACUACCAUUAAUUCCUCAACAAUACGGCGUUGCUCUGCCCGAUCGCAACAAAGGAAGAUGAUUAAACAGACACUGAAUAUACUGAAUA